AGUAAGGGGCUAGCGCGGGCGGGCGGGCGGGCGCGAUGACGGACGGCCACCACUUCAACAACAUCUCCCUCGGCGGUCGCGGCGGCAACAAUCCUGGCCAGUUUAAACUUUAUUCCGGAGGACUUGCAUGGAAGAGGCAAGGUGGAGGAAAGACCAUUGAGGUUGACAAGUCCGAUAUCACUUCUGUGACAUGGAUGAGUAUUCCCAGAUCCUAUCAGCUUAGUGUUUCAACAAAGGAGGGCCUCUUCUACAGGUUCUUUGGCUUCCGUGAACAGGAUAUCAGUUCACUGAUUAACUUCAUAGAAAAGAACAUGGGGAUCAUACCAGACGAGAAGCAGCUUUCUGUUAGUGGACAUAAUUGUGGUGGAAUUGAAAUCAAUGGAAACAUGCUUAGCUUUAAUGUUGGUCCAAAGGAAGCAUUUGAAGUCUCUCUAGCAGAUGUAGCACAGACUCAGAUGCAAGGGAAAACAGACGUUGUUCUGGAGUUUCAUGUGGAUGAUACUACUGGGGCUCAUGAGAAAGAUUCAUUGAUGGAUUUAAGCUUCCAUGUACCAACUUCAAAUACUCAAUUUCCUGGAGAUGAGAAUCGUCCAUCAGCUCAAAUUUUAUGGCAGGCUAUCUUGAGCAAGGCUGAUGUUGGCUCAUCAGAGGAAGCUGUUGUCACAUUUGAUGGAAUUGCUGUUCUAACUCCGAGAGGUCGAUACAGUGUUGAGCUUCAUCUGUCAUUCUUGCGACUCCAAGGACAAGCUAGUGAUUUCAAAAUUCAAUAUAGCAGUAUUCUUCGCCUCUUUGUUUUACCAAAGUCAAAUAAUCCUCAUACGUUUGUGGUGAUCACUCUUGAUCCACCAAUUCGCAAAGGACAGACAUUAUAUCCUCACAUUGUUAUUCAAUUUGAGACUGAGGCAGUUGUUCAAAGGGAUCUCACAUUGAGUGAGGAAGUUUUGGCUGAAAAGUACAAGGAUAGACUGGAGAGUUCUUACCAGGGUCUGAUACAUGAGGUGUUCUCCAAGGUCCUUCGUGGCCUAUCUGGUGCUAAAGUUACAAGGCCAAGCACAUUCCGCAGUUGUCAAGAUGGGUAUGCAGUGAAAUCAUCACUUAAAGCUGAAGAUGGGUUGCUAUAUCCGCUGGAAAAGGGCUUCUUCUUUCUACCAAAGCCCCCAACACUCAUUCUGCAUGAGGAGAUAGAGUAUGUCGAAUUUGAGCGACAUGGUGCUGGGGGUGCUAGUAUGUCAUCUCACUAUUUUGAUCUCCUGGUCAAGCUGAAAAAUGAUCAAGAACAUCUAUUCAGAAAUAUCCAAAGAAAUGAAUACCAUAACCUCUUCAACUUCAUCAGUGGCAAGCAUUUGAAAAUCUUGAAUCUUGGAGAUGGUCAAGGUAGAGCUGGUGGCGUUACAGCUGUUCUUCAGAGCACUGAUGAUGUUGCUGUUGAUCCUCAUCUGGAGCGAAUUAGAAAUCAGACUGGCGAUGAUGAGAGUGAUGAAGAGGAUGAAGAUUUUGUGGCCGACAAGGAUGAUAGUGGAUCUCCUACUGAUGAUUCUGGAGAGGAUGGUUCUGAUGCUAGUUUAAGCGGAGGAGAAAAGGAGAAAUCUUCCAAAAAGGAAGCUAGUAUUUCAAAGGCACCUUUGAAGAAAAGGAAGCCGAAGAGUGGGGAUGCGGAAGGCUCAGAAAAAAGAAAGCCAAAGAAGAAGAAAGAUCCUAAUGCCCCUAAAAGAGCAAUUGCACCAUUCAUGUACUUCUCAAAAGCUGAGCGAGCUAAUCUGAAGAACAGCAAUCCCGAGCUGGCCACCACAGAGAUUGCGAAGAAGCUUGGGGAGAGGUGGCAAAAGAUGACAGCUGAGGAGAAGCAGCCAUACAUCGAGCAGUCUCAAGUUGACAAGAAGCGGUACGCGGAGGAGUCAGCCGCCUACCGCGGGGCGGCUGCGAUGGACGUGGACCCCGGCCCUGCCUCUCCCUCUGCCUCUGCCUCGGACUGAACACUCUACACGCCUGCAUUGCGUUGCGUGCCACCACAACACACGAACAAAGGAGAUGUUGGCAUCUCCAUGUAAAUAAACUAUCUCGAUGUAAAUAAAACUAUCCUAGGAACCGGCAAGUCUUUCAAGUCUAUCACUCUAUCUUUAGCUAUAGAAAGCAGCUCUAUCUAAAGGCCUGGUUGGUAGCAGCUUCUGAAGGAUCCAGAUCCUCUGCAUUAGAUAAGCUAAUGCAGAGGGUGGCAUUAGCUCCAAUCCUAUCCAUCCAUCUUCAUCCAAUGGCUAUAGCGAGAUCUAGUGUUUUUUUUAGCUUAAUUACUUUUUCCCCUUUCAUGUUAUGCUAUGAGUACAUGACCUAUCCAUCUUUUAAUUUUUUAUUUGAAAUUAAUGGCGGUAAACUUCAGCAUGCUAUAGCGAGAUCUAGUGUUUUUUUAGC